GUUCCAACCUAGUAAGAAAAAGGAAGAGACCAGCUUGAACAUGACAAAUAUUAUAAGCUGUUUAUUUUUCUAACUUAUUUUUUUUUUAAUCCGUCUCGGAUUGAAAGGUAAAAGGAAAGAGAAAAUAAACUACAAAAAUACCGAGAUUAAGUCUCUAUUUCAAAACUUCACUUCAAAAAACUAUAACUAGGCUGAAAACAAACGCAUAAAUUGUCUUCUAAAACUUUACUAUACUAUUCUUAUACGCAGUGCCGUUAAAAAAGCUUGUCUUUUUGCAUUCGUAUCAAUAAAAUUUGUGGCGCUCUUUAUUGAAGUUGUUUUUUUCUUAAGCGCGGCAAAUGUUAAAGAAAAUACUUGUGUUUAUGUUUCUUGUUGUGUACGUGUAAUCCAGUUGGGAACAAAAUGUUUUCUAAGUUGCUUUAUUUUUGACAAAUCGUGGCAUGCAAUAGCCACAAGCAAAACUGUUGUUAUUUGUCAUGGUGCGAUUUCUCCGUGCUUUUAGCACCCGCUCAGGAGAAAACGGCCAAUGAAACAUCGAGCAUUUCGAUCCGUUUGCAAAUUAGGCAUCACAAAUUUUCCUAUAAAUUGCCAGACCCCAAACACUCUGAACUUUAAACACGUUCACUCGUUGAGAAGAGAAACAUCGAAAAUGCCGCCUAAACGUUCGGGAAAGAAGGAGGAGAAGAUUGCAGGAGGAAAAGUGGAAAGGAAAAGCGGAGAAGGCAAAGAAAAGGGGCGAAGCAGAAGACGCAGAGAAAGUUAUUUCAGUUACAUUUACAAAGUUCUAAAGCAAGUUCAUCCCGACACUGGUAUCUCGAGCAAAGCCAUGAGUAUUAUGAACUCGUUCGUUAACGACAUCUUCGAGCGAAUUGCAACCGAAGCUUCUAGACUCGCUUCGUACAACAAGAGGUCGACCAUUAGUUCCCGAGAAAUUCAGACCGCCAUACGGCUGCUUCUGCCUGGUGAACUGGCCAAACACGCCGUGAGCGAAGGAACAAAAGCUGUUACAAAGUACACAAGCAACAAGUAGACGAGAUGGAAGCAG